UUGAUUAAAAUGAUCACCAUUGAUCGUGUUUUUUCAAAUUUAUAAUUAUUUUGUUUGUUUGUUGUAAAAUGUUUACUUACCAUACUGAAUCAUCGAUAAUCAUACGUUUAUUGUUUCGAAUUAUUCGAAUAAAUCAUCGUCGAUUCGUCUUGUCGUCACAAUGUUUGAAUAAAUCCUAUACACAAACAUUGAAUCUACCGCAAAGUAAUUUUCCCAUGAAACAUUCACGUAAAUUAGAGCUUAAUCUUGAACAACAGAAUGUGAAAUUUGAAGAUUUAUUUGGAAUAUCGUCACAACAAAGAAAAUGUGGAAAAUUCCUAUUACAUGAUGGUCCACCAUAUGCAAAUGGUGAUGCACAUUUUGGCCAUGCCAUCAAUCGAAUUCUUAAAGACAUAAUUAACAAACGAAAAUUAUUGGAAAAUUUUUAUGUCGAUUUUCGUCCCGGUUGGGAUUGUCAUGGAUUACCGAUCGAAUUGAAAGCGAUACCGAAUAAUUCGGAUUCUCGCCGAUUAAAUCCAUUAGAAAUUCGUGAUCGUGCACGAAGAUUAGCUUUCAAUGCAAUUGAUCGUCAACGGCAAGCAUUCAAUCAAUGGUUUUUAUCCGCUAAUUGGUCCGGCAUUUAUCGGACAAUGGAUUUGGAAUAUUCUAUUCGUGAAUUGCAUGCAUUCUAUGAUAUGUACCGUAAAGGAUUGAUAUUUCGUGAUCGUAUGCCGGUUUAUUGGUCACCAUCCACACGAACAGCAUUGGCUGAAGCUGAACUUCAAUAUCAAACAGAUCAUUUAUCACGUGCUGCCUUCAUACGAUAUCCAGUGGUUGAUCAACAUUAUGAUGCCUUAAUUUGGACUACAACACCAUGGACAUUGUUGGCCAAUGAAGCAAUUGCUUUCGGUGAAAGAAUGAAUUAUUGUUUGAUUCGUAUCGAUGGUGAUAAUAAUCAACGACCAUUACUAAUUGCACGAGAAAAUCUUGUCACCAUUCAGGAAAUGUUCAAAGAUUGCCGCAUACAAAUUGUUCAAGAAUCAAUUUCAGAAUUUCAAAAUUUUCGUUAUCAAGAUCCAAUUAAUGGCCAAUGUAAAUCAUUUUUACCUAGUACAUUGGUCACAUCAUCAAAAGGUACUGGCCUCAUUCAUAUAGCACCGAAUCAUGGACAAGAAGAUUUUAAAUUAAUGAGACAAUUUUUCUGUAAACAGCCAAAUAGUGAUAAUAAUUAUCUGAUGAGCAAAGAAUCUAUUGUCGAUGAUGAUGGAAGAUUACGAUUACCGAAUAAUGGUGGCCAAUCCAUAUCAAUAAUCGAUGAUAAUCAAGCAUCAAAAUAUGUUUUACAAAAUUUAUUACCUAAAGAAUGUGUUCUUUAUGAACAUGAUUACCUACAUAGUUAUCCAUAUGAUUGGCGUAGUUCAAAACCUGUCAUUAUAAAACCAUCUGAUCAAUGGUUUUUGAAUAUGGAUGAACUUCGCGAUAAAUGUUUAGCUGCAUUAUCCGAUGUACGUCUUUAUCCAGAAUUAUUACGAAAAGAAAUGAUAAAUCAAUUAUCAACAAGACCUAAUUGGUGUCUAUCACGACAACGAAAAUAUGGUGUACCAAUACCGGUAUUUUUCGAUCGAAAAACUACCCUUCCCGUUUUGAAUGAUGAAAUUUUUCAAACUUUGAUGAAGAAAUUCAUUCAAGAAGGUUCAUUAGAUAUUUGGUGGCAACAAUCACCAUCAGAAUUGUUGGCCGAAUGUCCAGAUCGUUCGUUGGAUCUAGUCAACCUGGAAAAAAGUGAAGAUAUUCUUGAUAUUUGGUUUGAUUCUGGUUGUAGUUGGCUUGCCGUUCUUGGUCCAGAUGAAAUAGCUGAUCUUUAUCUUGAAGGUGUUGAUCAAAUACGUGGUUGGUUUCAAUCAUCAUUGAUAACAUCGGUUGCUCUUCGUGGCCAUGCACCAUAUCGAUCUAUUAUAAUACAUGGAUUUGCUCUCGAUCGUGAUGGUUAUAAAAUGAGUAAAUCAUUGGGAAAUGUUAUCAAUCCAAUGGAUAUUGUCAAUGGAAAUGCAUUUGAAUCAAAUCAACAACAGACAUCAACGAAGAAACGAAAAAAUUCUGGUGAUUGUGGUGUCGAUGGAUUACGUCUUUGGAUUGCACGUAAUGCCUGUACACAUAAUGAUGUACACGUUGAUUUAAAAGAAUUUCAAGAUGAUAUCCUAACCAUUUUGAAUCGAUUUCGUAAUACAUAUCGAUUCAUUCUUGGUUAUCUAACAAAAUAUUCACCAUCAGAUCACUCAUUUUUAAUUGAUUAUAAUAAUCAUCAUCAUCAUCAAUCAUUACCAUUAAUUGAUCAACAUCUUUUAUAUCAAACAUGGAUAUUUGAUCAAAAAGCACGAAAAUGUUAUAAUGAAUAUCGACUUGGUGAUCUUAUCGAGAUGAUGAUACAUUUUUUUAAUUAUGAAUUUUCAACAUUUUACCUAUCACGUAUUAAGGAUCGUCUUUAUUGUGAUUCAACUGAAUCGAUGGAUGUUCGAUCCAUUAUGACUGUUUUAUAUUAUGUAUAUCAUACCGUUGGAUUUCAUAUGGCACCGAUAUUACCACAUUUGAUUAUUGAAUGUCAACAAUAUUGGCCAUUUGUUCAUCAAGCUGUGAUAGGCAAUAAUAAUAAUAAUCGAAUGAUGAAGGAGAAUCUGGAACAAUCUGAAUUAUUAUUGAAACAAUUUCAAUUCAUACAAUCAAUUAUUGCUUGUAUAAAUGAAUGGGCUACAUCGAAACAUCGUUUAAUCGAUUUGGAUUGUCAUCUUUCGAUAUCGGCAAAUCAUCCAAAUGUUCGUGAAAUGUUUGCUACAUUUCAAAGGUUUCAACCUGAAUCAUCAAUUAAUGAUGAUGGAAUGGAAUGUCGUUCAGAUUUAGUUGAAUGUCUUCAAGUAGCACGUGUAUCUUACGGAAUCGAUGAUAAUGAUAAAUCAACUGUCAAUGAUCAAUAUUAUCAUGGUGAAUGUUUAGAAUUACGUGAUAAGAUACCAUCAUCAUCAUCAAAUACUGCAAUUGAAUCAAAUCACAAUGGCUGUCAACUACGAAUAUAUUUAAAACAAACAAAAAAUCAUCAAUGUCCAAGAUGUCGUCGUUUUACUGUCGUCAAUGUCGAUCAAAACAAUCUAUGUUUACGAUGUAAUUUUCAAAUGUUACAUCAUCAUAAUUGAUUGAAGUGAAAUAUAGAAAAAUCAUCAUCGUUUGUUAUUCACA